AUGGUGGCCCGAAUCGAUCUUGACCCAUACAAAGAUGAUAUUACGAACAUGAUUCGCCGCGGUGAAUCCGAUGAGGCUAUCUCAACUGCCCUCCUCAAUGACCAUGGAAUCAUUGUCUCUGGGCGCACUAUUGGCUAUCGUCUAGUCGAAUGGGGCAGUCGUCGUCCUGUACAGUCUCCCGAAGCUGAAGCGACCGAUCGCCUUGUUGUAAAACUCUACAAAAUGGCUCUCAACUCAGAUGAGGUUCUCCAAGUCCUUGCAAAGAAGGGGAAGGCUAUUUCUAGCAGAACUCUUCGGCGGAUUCGAAAGCGCGUCGGUAUUCGCAUCCGGUGUGACGAACCCGCCGAGCGCGCGCGCCAGGUUGAUGAACUUCGCGAGAUCCUGAUUGUGGAGGAUGUUGUUAGAGAUAUCGAAGGGUUUGGACGACGAAUACAAUAUGUGUUCCUUCGGAGCCAGGGUGCCUUCUUCCUCGCGAUUUGA